GACAUUCCAUGAUUCUAAGUGCACUUUAAGCAUAAAUCACUCUCUAUAAAAUCAUCUCUAAUUCUUCUAUAACCUCAUAUCAUUAGACCCUUUGGCACAAAACCAUCACAAUUCUCUCCAUGGAUCAAUCUCACAAAAAUAUGCAUCUACAAAUUCCUAUUAUCACAAUUUUCAUGAUCCUCCUAGCUUCAUUAGUCUUAUGCAAUUCCUCUUACAUAGUGGAACCACUUGAUCAAACAAAUUCUGAAUACUACUACAAUUCACAUGAUGGAAGAUUGAUCAAAACAAAACAUCAACAUUUUGGCCACAUAACAAGGAGCAAUAGAGAUAACUUUUUGUCUUCAAAGUCUCGAGGAAUGGUUAAUGUUGACGACUUUGGAGCCCAAGCAGAUGGAAGAGAUGAUAGGGAGGCAUUUAAGAAGGCAUGGAAUGAAGCAUGUUCUAAAGGGUGUACUCUUGUUGUACCAAAAAAUAAGAUAUAUCUUCUCAAACCAAUAACUUUUUCAGGUCCAUGUCAACCAAAUACUUCCUUUAUGCUCUAUGGAACAAUCGAAGCAUGGCCUCAACUUUCAGCAUACACAGAUAGACAACAUUGGAUUGUGUUUGAUAGUGUUACCAAUUUCAGUGUUGAAGGUGGUGGCACUUUCAACGGCAAUGGGAAAAAAUGGUGGAAAAACUCCUGCAAAUAUAACAAUAACCUUACAUGCAAUGAUGAACCAAGACCACAUGCGGUGACAUUCUAUGGUUGCAAGAAUUUGAGAGUGGAGAAUCUAAGGUUCAAAGAUCCACAAAAAAUGCAUGUAUCAUUUGAGAGAUGCUUCAAUGUGUUUGUUUCGAAUCUGGUUAUGAGAGCACCACAAAAUAGCCCCAAUACUGAUGGAAUUCAUGUCACAGAAACCCAAAAUAUUGACAUAACAAAUUGUGAUAUCGGGACAGGUGAUGAUUGUAUUUCAAUAAUUAGUGGAUCAAAAAAUGUUCAAGCUACGAAUAUCACAUGCGGACCCGGACAUGGAAUCAGCAUUGGAAGUUUGGGACGUGAUAACACAGAAGCUGAAGUUUCAAAUGUGGUGGUGAAGAGAGCAACCUUAAUAGGAACAAAAAAUGGAGUGAGAAUAAAAACAUGGCAGGGUGGUUCAGGAUAUGCAAGAAACAUCAAAUUUAUGGACAUUGAAAUGCAAAACGUUACAAAUCCAAUAAUAGUAGAUCAAUCCUACUGUGAUCAAACAAAACCAUGUAAAGAGCAGAACAAAGGGGUGCAAUUAAGUCGUGUGUUGUACCAAAACAUAAGAGGAACAAGUGCUUCAGAAGUAGCUAUUACAUUUGAGUGCAGCAAAAUCGUUCCUUGCAGAGAAAUCUACUUGCAGGAUGUGAUUUUAGAACAAGAAGAAGGAAGUGGGGGCACCAUAGCUACAUGUAAGAAUGUUAAAUAUGUAAAUAGAGGAAAAUUUUAUCCUCAAUGCUCCCCUGCUUGAAGAGUUCAGCAUUAGGUUAACGUUGUUGUCAAUUUCGAUAAACUUGUCCACAAAUUGAUAAAUAAGGUUA